AUGGCACACAGCACUGUUUCCCUGGCCCUGGCCGCAGUGGGAAUAUUUACCCUCUACCUGAUCUCCAAAGUCAUCCUCAAGACGUGGCAAAACGCCACCGAAGCCCGCCGCCUCGGGUGCAAACCCCCAGCGUCCUUCCCCUCCUGGUGUCCCUUCGGCCUAGACAUUGUGCGCAAGCUCAUCAUCUCGCGUCGACAGAUGCGGACGCCCGAGUGGCUUCGAGAGCAGCUGGCCAAGACUUCGACGCCAGCCAACCCAAACAACCUGACCUGCUCCUUCCAGAUCGUCCACACCAGCGGCAUCCUGACGGCCGACGAAGUGAACGUGCACGCCAUGCUCUCGAAACAGUUUGACGAUUUCGAGGUCGGCCAGACCAGGCGCGAGAUUGCCCGGCCUCUGGUCGGCGAGAGCAUCUUCACUACAGACGGGCACGCGUGGAAGAUGCUGCGGGGGUUGGUCCGGCCCUCGUUUGCGCGGCACCAGGUUGGCGAUCUCGAGCUGGAUGAGAAGCACUUUAAGAACAUGAUGGCCUGUCUCGAGACCGGCUCGGACGGCUGGACGGGAAACAUAGACCUGCAAACUCUCAUGUUUAGGUACUCGCUCGAUUCGUCUACCGAAUUCCUCUGUGGCGCCUCGGUCGGAUCCCAGCUCAAAGAGCUCCAGCUGCAGAACGGAAAGGUAACAGACGACGAGGACGAGAUCGACUUUGCAUCCGCCCUGGACCGGGCAAUGGAGGGCCUCGCCACCCGCGGGCAGUUCUUUAAAUGCGGGCCGUACAUCUGGCCCAGGGGCUUCGAAAAGGCCUGCCGAGACUGCCACGCCUUUAUCGACAAGUACGUGGCCCGCCGGCAGAACAAGACCCUCGCGGCCGCCGAGAAGCAGCCCCCGGCAGAGUCGCCACCCGCCGCAAAGGAAAAGUACAUCUUCCUCGACGCCCUCGCCGAGAGCUUCCCCGACCCCGUGGAGCUCCGGCACCAGAUCCUGGGCGUGCUGUUCGCCGGCCGCGACACGACGGCCUCGCUCAUCAGCUGGGUGUUUUACAACCUGGCCCGCGACCCGGCCCGCUGCCACAAACUGCGGCGCGCGGUGCUCGAGCACUUUGGCGGGCCGCGGGAGGAGGAGGAGGAGGACCCCGGCCGCGCCGUCACGUUCGAGAGCCUCAAGGAGUGCCGCUACCUGCAGCACGUCAUUAACGAGACUGCGCGCCUGUGCCCCGUCGUGCCCGUCAACUCGCGGCGUGCCAGGCGCAACACCACGCUGCCUAGGGGUGGGGGUCCCGAUGGCCAGUCAAAGGUCUUUGUCAAGGAGGGCACGCUGGUCUACUUUGCACCGUACAUCAUGGGUCGGAGGAAAGAGCUCUGGGGUGAGGACGCGGAACGGUUCGUUCCGGAGAGGUGGGAGGGAAAAAGGCACGGGUGGGAAUUUAUACCGUUCAGCGGAGGACCUCGCAUCUGCCCGGGCCAGCAGUCGGCACUGACAAAGACUGCAUACGUCAUCGUGAGGCUGUUGCAGCGAUUCGACAGGAUAGAAAGCUGGGACCCCGAGGUCGACGUCAAGCAUGACGCGACGGCUACCAUGUGCUCGGGUACGGGUGUCAAGGUUCGAUUGCACGCCGACGGAUUUUGA